CUAUAUAGCCAUUUCUUGAACAUUUUUUUUUGCGUGUGUUUUGAACCUUCUGAUGUCUUUUUUUUAUUGCAGACCUGUGUUCUCAAAGUAAAUAUACACUGUGAUGGUUGCAAACACAAGGUGAAAAAGAAAUUGCAAAAGAUUGAAGGUGUUUACACAGUGAACAUAGAUUCAGACCAAAGCAAAGUAACGGUGACCGGAAAUGUUGAUCCAGCAACACUGAUAAAGAAGCUAGUGAAGUCAGGGAAACAUGCAGAGCUAUGGGGUGGUGGACAAAAGGGAGGUUCUAAUGUCAAUAUGAUGAACAAUCAGUUCAUGAACAUGCAAAUAGACAACUUCAAAGGUGGAAAAGACAAUAAAUCUAAAAAGGGUGGUGGUGGAAAUAAGGAACAACCAAAGGGUAAUGCCCAACAGUUCCUUCAGAUGAUGCAAAACCUUAAAGGGUCAAAGGAUAAUUUCAAGAUGCCUAAUGUUCCUAAAUCUAAGGACCAAAAAUCUGUUAAGUUUAAUUUGCCUGAGGAUGAUUUUGAUGAUGAGUUUGAUUCUGAAUUUGGUUCUGAUGAGGAUGAGUUUGAUUAUGAAUCUGAUGAUGAGUUUGGUGGUGGCCCACCUAACAAAAUGAUGCCUGCUAUGGGUGGUGGGGGUGGUCAUGGACCCCACCAUGGGCUUAAUGCAAUGAUGAUGAAUCCAAAUUUAAAGGGUGGGGCUAUGGGUAAUAAUGGUGGAAAUGGCAAGAAAGGUGGUGGUGGGGUUGAAAUUCCUGUACAAAUGAAAGGUAUGGGUGGAAAUCAUCAUGACGGUAAGAACAACAAUGGAGGAAAACAGGGAAAAGGAGGGAAUCAAAAUCAAAGUGGUGGUAAAAAUGGAGGUGGAGGUGGUGGUGGUCCACCUGAUGGUAAAAAUGGUAAAGGUAACAAUAAUGGAAGUUUUGGAGGUAAAAAUGGUGGCAAGAUGGAUGGAGGCCUAAUGAUGAAUAGUAUGCAACAAGGGCCUCAUGGGAUGAUGAGUAUGGGCCAAAAAGGUGGAGGCCCAAUGAGCAUGGGCCCAAUGGGUCAAAUGGGUAACCCUCAAAUGGGCCAAAUGCAGGCAGCUCAAGGACUACCCGCGGGGGGUGCCGGAUACCCGGGGAUGGGGAUGGGGCAGGGUGGCAACCCUUAUAGCCAACAACAGCAACAGUACAUGCAACAACAAAUGGUGAUGAACCAGCAGCGGCCUGCCGGAUAUGAUAUGUACGGUGCCCAUCCGAUGAUGUAUGCCCGACCGCAUCCUGCCGUGAGUUACGGCCCACCACCGCCUAUGGGAGCUCCGGUGCAUGAUAAUCUUACUCAUAUGUUUAGUGAUGAGAAUACAGGCAGUUGUAGCAUUAUGUAAAUUUUGUUAAAAAGGUUGUGCGAACUUUGUUUUGGUCCUACUUAUGAAAUGAUGAGGGUGUAUGCUUUUGUCUUUAGAAUGCAAUUGUAAGAAUAUGUUGCUCUACCUAGAGUACUACCAAGUAAUUCUGGUGCUUCAUAUAUCGAAAACCAAUUUGGUUCAAACAAUGACUAGUUCAGCUA